AAAAUUAAGCUCUCCCUCUCUCCCUCUCUCUCUCUCGCGCGCCCUAUAAAGCCGCAACAGCUGAUCUCGUGCAUCACAGAGAGCCGCAGCUCCGCACGAGAGAGGAGGAAGAGGAGGAGAGAGUGAAGCCGAGAGUUGGAGAGGAGACGAUGAAGAUGACGGUGGUGGUUGCGGUGAGCCGUUCCGAUCUUCCAAAUGCAGCUUUUAGGAACAUCUUCUGAGCAAUAUUUUCUGAGGACAUUUCGAGUUUGUGAUAUUUGUGAAGCUCAAGUCUUGCGAGACGUCUCGUGGACUCUUUAACCCCCUUUUUCCACACUUCUUUCUGUGUCUUUUUAACCCAAAAAACAUCGUAGUUUUGUCCAUUCACCUGCUUUGGGAUUUCCGCCGGAGUGUGUCGUUUGAUUUUGCAACCGUGAAACCGUUUUUUCCUUCUUCCUUACUCCCUUCUUCUUCCACCGGAGCUGAACAGUAACGGGAGGCUCGCGCUGCGAGACGGAGCUGUCCGGUGCUGAACGCGCAAGCCCAGGACAAGGGGGGAGCUGUCCGCGUGCUGUUCAACACCGAAUGAGAUCAUGUUUGUUUUGGGAUAAAAAGCGAACAAAAAAGGACAAACGGACGUUUUUUUUUUUUUUUUUUUUUAACGGAAUAGCCACGCAGGGGCUGAUUUCUAUUUUUAUUUUCGACCUUCUGCAAACUCCACAGGUCUUCCACUGGCGACUUAACGGAAUGAAAACGGACCAUUUCUCAGCCAAACAUUCAUUUAGCGAACAUAAAUACCCGGCAUGCUAAAAAUAGAGAGGCACUCGAGGUGGUUUGUUUAAUCUUUAUAUAAAAAAAGAAAAAAGCCAUGUCUCCACUUUUGAGGCUGUUUGAUGGGAGGAAGAACCUUUAGUGGCUGAAACAAGGGAGUAAAUACCAGGAAAAAAAUAGUAGGUUGAGUGGGUUUUGAGUUUUAAAGUGAGUUAGAGAGAAGAAAGAGCUCCAUCAUGCCUCGGUCCUUCUUAGUGAAGAAAGUGAAACUGGACGAUUUCUCGGCUGCUGAGCUGGAGAGCUCGUACGGUCACAGCCGAAGAGAAGAGCUCAGUCUGCGAUUCCAUCAUCAUGACAAAGGCUACGUCAGCGAUUAUCUGAGCCCAAAUCCUUACGAUGACGUGGUGGGAAGCGACUCGUCGGUCAUCUCUAAAGUACCCUCCCCGAGCCACUCGUCGAUCAUCUAUGGCAGCAUCGACAACACCUACUCCGGCAUCCACGGUGACAUCCACGGCGAUUCGGACCAGCCAGACAGCCCGCGGUCCGAGGUGUCGUCAUCAGCCGGCGGGUACAUCAACGGGGACGCAGCCGUGAGCGAGGGAUACGCAGUAGAUGCGUUUUUCAUCAUGGACGGACGGUCGCGGAGGAAAACCACGCCGAACCCGAGAGGAGCCGCCCAGAGGCACACCUGCAGCGAGUGCGGCAAAACCUACGCCACGUCCUCCAACCUGAGCCGGCACAAGCAGACGCACAGGAGCAUAGACAGCAAGAUGGCCAAGAAGUGCCCCACGUGUGGGAAAGUUUACGUCUCCAUGCCCGCCAUGGCCAUGCACUUGCUGACCCACGACCUCAAGCACAAGUGCGACGUGUGCGGCAAAGCGUUCAGCCGGCCGUGGCUGCUGCAGGGCCACAUGCGCUCGCACACGGGCGAGAAGCCGUUCGGGUGCGCGCACUGCGGGAAGGCGUUUGCUGACCGGUCGAACCUGCGCGCUCACAUGCAGACACACUCGGCCUUCAAGCACUACAAGUGUAAACGGUGUAACAAGACGUUCGCACUCAAGAGCUACCUGAACAAGCACUACGAGUCAGCGUGCUUCAAGGGGGCGUUCUCCCCUAUGAGCUCACUGGGGGAAUGAUGGAUGGAUUCCUCAACCAUAACUGGGGUUUAUUUAAUUUAUUUACAUCAGAGUUUUCUGAUUUCUUUCUGCUUUGCCCCCAAAAGAAGAACCUGAGUGCUACAAGGGAGGAGUGUUUUCUCUGCAAGGAUCAUGAGGUAUACGACAAAAAUAGUCUAAAAGACACGUCUGUUUUUAUCAAGAACUCUCUCCUUUUGUGCCAUCUCCCCUCAUCUGGAAGUCGAGUGAAAAGUUUUCAAUGCCUGAUUUAGAUUGUCACCUGCUUCGAUAAGAUACGUCCCCUUGAGGCUGUUUUAAAUAUCUGUGAAGAUAAAUAAAGCACAGCACAUCUAGCUCAUAAUUUCUGAAGAUACCUAGAUCUAUUUAUGUCCAUACCUAUCUUCAUCAUUCCGUUUUCUGUUUCAACCCAUGAGGAAACGACACUGAAGCACAAUUGCUCUUCCAUCUCUCUCUGUCUUUCUGUGACAGGCGUUUCACAGAGUUUAAAGCAUGAAUCACAUCAUCAGUUUUUCUUGCAAAGAGAUUCAAUGAACUUUCCUAUUUUAUGCUUUUUUAGAAACAAACAUUGGUAAUCUAAGGAUACAUCCGGUGUCCUGCUUUUAGCGAAACUGACUUUGGACUGAACUUACAUGGAGAUAAAGCAUCAAAACAAAGAAAGCACACAGUAUUUUGUUCUCUGCAAGAUACUUUCAUUUACACUAUUGUACACCUACAGUAUGCUGUAUGCUGUUGAUAAACCACUAUGAACUGUGAAGAAAACAAGGUGCAGCAAAGUACACUGGUGUAGUGGGAAAUUAUGAUUUUUUUGGUGAAAUUUCUUUAAACCACAGACACAGGAUUUGUUUUCUUAUCUUCAGUGUAAUGUUGGCAUUUGUGCUUUACUUGACAGUAAACAGUGGAGGGUCUGAAGGAACUGGGAAGACAAACUGGGCUACCAGUUCAGGAUCAGACAGCUGAAAACUCCCACUGAGCCACCAGGGUAUUCCUUAACGAUGUUUUCCUAUAACCCAAAUCUGACGUUAUUUAUUUAUUUAUUUAUUUAUGUCACUGUCAGCGGAGGAUCAAGACAUUAAAAAUGUCUUGAUUUUCCUCAAAAGGUCAAACCUUUUUUCAAAUGUUGUAUAAUAAUUUAGCUCAGUAUUCAGCUUUGUAAUCUUUUUUAUGUGUCUAUUUAUUUCCUAAUUUAUUUCUGUAUUUAUUUGUUUAUGGGUUUUUGUGUUAAUUUGCACUUUACUUUUUUGUAUUUUUUUUUUGCCUUUGUCACAAAUAUGCCAAAGCAUUUGACACUUUCUAAUUACCGAAUACCUUUUUACUUUUGUCUGCCACUUUAAUUAUAAAAACUACUGCAUGCAAAAAAUAACAAUAGCCUAAUAAUGGAAUCUAUGCCAAUCUUAUGAGUCUUUGGGAUAGUUUGCCAAAACCUCUUAGAUAACAGGCAAAUUAAGCAAAUUUGUGUCUUGGGCAAUAUUUCAUUCAUAUCUGAUAGAGCAAUAAUGCAUGAUAUUUUUGAAGAAACGUGAGUCAUAACUGCUUGUAACAUCUUGAUUUUUUUCAAGUACCACUAUUCUAUGUAGUUAUGAGAAAGGAAAUUUCAGGGAGUUAGCGAACCAAGUUAGUGUUAAAUAAUGGAGGGUUGGGUUCAGAGCUCUAAAUUUACAAGAACUGUGAUGCUACUGUGAUUCUUUGAGGCUUUAUCCAGUCGUAACAUUUUUUUUAAUGCUCACUGAAAGAUCAAAUUUGAAUCAGCGGUGAGUCGGUAUUCCAAUUUCCAACCUCUGCUGUUUCAGUGUGUAAUAUUAUCCAAAACAAUUGUCUCCUUGUUACAAUUAUGUCUUGGCAUCAUUAGUUUAUGUCUGUACAAGCAUUCAGAGCUGCUGGGGCUUCCAGGGAUUCACACAGAUGGCUCAACUCCUUUAGAUGGAGGGCUCUGGGUUGGGUUGGGACGGGUCUUUUUGUACAUGGUUUAUGCACUGCCUGCCUUGUAUUAUUAUUCUAAAAUAUUGUAGAAAGUAGAAGGUACUGCUGUAGACCUCUGGUGCUGAAACAUGGACGGAAACCCAGAAUGAAAAAGUUUUGGUUUCAUAUUCUAAUUGCCAAAUAGGUGAAACACGACUUCCGGUCGUUUCCUCAACUCUCAGUAGUCCUUGAA